CCGUAAUGUACUUGAAUGUAUCGUACAGGGGAAUGGGCAUCUUCUCUACACUGCUGUAGUUAGCUUGUGUAGCAAGCUGCUGCUACUAGCUAUCUUUAAAUGUGAAGUAGGUUAAAUUUAAAACGUUGCCGACAAAAGAUGUGACAACCUUCGGUUUUAUGGAUUAUUAGAGAGGUGGGACUCCAUUUUAUAUGCCCUGCUUAAUGUUAUACGGCUUUGUUAGCUCGCGACCACAACGUUAACGUUAGCUUUAGCUAAGUUAGCUAACGUUACCUAGCUCUCUCUCUCUCUCUGUGUGUGCAUGUGUCCCAGAUAAACAAUCAUCUGCCCUCCGUGUUUAAAGGCACUUCAGCAAUAAAAACAACUUUCGUUAAGCAUACAACAGUGGGGGGGGGGGGGGGUUUCCUGUCACGAGACGGGGUCAUGCUAAAAUCAAUUCAAAAUCACUUCGGCUUAGUUGCCCUGCCCAUUUGCAGAUGAUACCUUAACGUUAUAUACACUAUAACGUUAUAUCAUAUGGUCUGUGCCUGAACAGCUGUGGCUGCCUUCCCUUUCUGUAACGCUAGCUCAAGUAGCGUUAACAUUAUGGUCUAUUCACGUUAGGUUUUCACGUCUCUUGUUCAUUCUGUCCUUCUUUACUCUAAUAAGUUAACGUUGCUCGUUGCUGAGACUGUGCAGUCUGAGCCAUCAAAAGUCAGCAUAAUCAAUAGCUGAGCUGAAUAGCUGCUUGGUGGAUCGUAUUAAUAGUGUCUACCUCAAGAGGCGAUGGUGCUAUAAGAAUACCCCACAAUAGGACUUUGUGACUGCUUGAGCCUGCUUCAAAGAUGCUGGGCUGCAGUCAUGGGCCCAGACACUGCAUCUGCCCCUAAAACAGAAUCUUCAGAGGAAAGUCCGGGAGAAGUCGUCGUGAAGGUAAUCUCAGAAUCAGAUUCCAAUGAUGCUUCGACCGCCACUGAGCCCGAGAACCCCAGACAGCCAGAGAGCAACAUAUCAGACAAGUGUUACCCUUGCUCCAUCUGUGGCAAGGUAUUUGACAGACCAUCGAAGCUAGACAGGCAUAAACCCGUUCACACAAGGAAGCCUAAAACCCUCCAUCAGUGUCAGCAUUGUGAUAAGAGUUUCACACAACAAGAGAAGCUCAUCCGACACCAGAAUUGCCACAAUAGGACUAACAAGCACCCCUGUCCUGACUGCGGAAAAGUGUUCAACAGGCCUUCAAAGUUAGAGAGACAUAAGCGCACACACUCAAAGAAACCCAAGGUGCCUCACCAGUGCUCAUACUGCAUGAAGACGUUCAAUAAACUGAACAAACUUGUCCGUCACAAGCGAAUGCACACCGGGGAGAAGCCUUUCACCUGCUCGGUCUGUGGAAAAGGAUUCUCCGAGUCAGGUCACUGCAAAGCACAUGAAAAGACGCACGAGGAGCAGCCGGAAAAACCUCACUGCUGCGCAGACUGUGGGAUGUGUUUCUUCAAGGCCUCAGAGCUCCGACGACACUUCCGCUCUCACACAGGAGAGAAACCUUUCAGAUGCACCCUGUGCGAGAGCUGCUUCUCCCGCUCAGAAGGACUUAAAAGACACAUGAGGAGCCACACGGGUGAAAGACCAUACAAAUGCAUUAUAUGCGGAAAGGGAUUUUAUUCUCGUCAGGAUUUGAAUAUUCAUGGUUUGACCCACUCUGGAGAGAAACCACAUCUCUGCCCCGUGUGCGGUAAAGGCUUCUCGCAGCUGGGAAACAUGAAAGAACACGAACAGAAUGUUCAUAUCAAGUCGGAGAAAUACAUUUGCAAUGAAUGUGGGGCAACCUUCACGCGGUACAAGUCACUGACAAAACAUCAGCGGACACACACAGGAGAAAGACCCUAUCUGUGCCUCACCUGUGGUCGCAGGUUUUCGUGGAGCCAUUCUCUAAGCAGGCACCGGAGGACACACACACACAGACAGAUGUCUAUGGACACAUCUAAAGACAUAUCAAGCUUUGAAGGACCCUCUGAGAAUCCUAGCAGUUGAAAACACAAGUGAAAUCUUUAUAGGGAGGACAUUUCAUCUUCAGGCAAUUUUCCCGGGGCCACAGUCAAGCUAAUUAGUAGUAAUUUGUAGUAUUUGUGAUGAUUCACCUGGCUGCUUCCUUUGUAUUAUUUAUCUUUUAUUGAUCAGAGCAAGAAGUUUCUGACUUCUGCCAUCUGUGUUUGUUGAAUUCUAUUGGCAGUUAAAAUGAAUGUUAUUUUUGGCAUAGAUAUGUUCUGUGAAUUGGGUGAAGGCAGAUCGUCUGACGAUAUAAGCACACUGCUGUUUUUGGGGAAGCUUAUGACAGAUUUGAACUUCCCUUUAUAUAAUGUGGAAGAAUAUCUGUUUGUCAUCAACCAAAAGAUCGGUCACAACCAAAGCAGAAUUGCUACAGGCCCAAAACUCUUAUUUUAUUUUUAUUUUUUGGGGGCUUUUAUUAUAAUGACAGCUGAAGACAGACAGGAAAUGGGGGCAGAGCAGAUUCGAACCCUGGGCUGUUGCAGCAAGGACUGAGCCUCGGUACAUGGGUAGCCAGCUCUACCCACUAGGCUAACCGGGCGCCCCUGAAACUCUUAUUGACAUGCACCCUAACUGUUACUAAACAAAAUACAACUGUAAAAUACGCCAGACUAAAUUUCUGCUUUCCAACGGUGAUGACCUUAAUCUGAUGUAACGUUAAUCUGCUACCUCACUCUGUCAGUACUAUAGAAAGCACACAAUUAUUAAACAGCACAAGAUGUGUGCAUAGUUCAGUCCAUACCAGUAGCCUUUGGUCGAUUUUCUUACUCUAAUUGAUAAAAGGACAUUUUACUUUCUUUUUUUAAUUUGGUUGAGUUUGGUCAACAGCUGCUCAUCAGAAUCAGUUAAAUGCCCAAAAUAGACAUUUUUGUACUCUUAUAUCAAGUUAUUUAAAAAAAUAAUUACUCCUUCACAGAAUGGUUAAUUCUGUGCUGACUCAGAGCUGAAAGUGCUGUUACACUUUUCUCAUCUGCAGGUUUAUUACCUCUCACCUCAAAUGGGAAACACCUGCUUUGAGAUCACUAAGUGCAGUGUGGCCAGGAGUGAACAGUGGUUUCAACUGUAAAUGGCAGCAGGGGUUUUUCCCUGGUACGAGCUGUGUAGCAUAACAAUUAAUAGAAAAUAUUGUUUAUUUUUAUUGAUCUGUAUAGCACAUAUACUGUGUAAUUAUGUAAUCCAUUGCUUUUCUUUGUGAUACUAUCUACAUACAUGGCAUCUUACUGUCAAUAAACAGGUACAUUACAUAGUACAA